AUGGCUACAGCUCCCGGUGACUAUCGUGCUAAAAUGUACUUAAUAGAAGGAGUGAUCGCGAAACUCCAAGGACAGUAUUUCGAUGCCGUUGGUAAACUUUAUCAAGCUAUGAUAUGUUUGCCUUCCGAAGAGACGGCAAGUGCACUGGUUAUGCUCAUGAGUAAUCUCAUCUUUCGUCAGGCCCUCAUGCAUGAAUUACUUUCUGCAAUUACUGUAUUACCUACGAACAAUGCCAAAAGUGCACUUGCCCCUCCAAUUCAUCCACCGCCAUCGAUAUUUGCCGCCGAAAAUCAUCCCAUUGCUAGUAUUCGUCUCAAUCUUGUGCGCAAAAGGUUGCUUCUAAUAUUUCAGAAGCGUCCACCUCGCCUACAACCUCAUCAAGCAGUUUAUCCUCAACACGGAAAGACUCCGCAAUUAAAAAUAACAACGAUUGUUUAG